AUGAUCGAGGCACCGAAGAAGAAUGCAGCUGAAGCUGAUGCUUUUGUCUGUCCGGUGCCUCUCCCUCGUGCUGAAGGCCAUAUUAGCUAUGGUGGACCGCUGAGGCCUGGAAAAGAAGAUGCUAUACCUCAGAAUGUGCAGCAAGGGAAGCGUAUCCCUCGAAGAGGAGAAGAGGUGGGUCUUUCGGCAGAAGAGAUUCAGAAAUUUGAGAGCUUGGAUUAUGUGAUGAGUGGGAGCAGGCACCAGAGGAUGAAUGCCAUUCGUAUUAGAAAGGAAAACCAGUUGUACAGUGCCGAGGAUAAGAGGGCGUUGGCUAUGUUCAAUUAUGAGGAGAAGGCGAAGAGAGAACAUAAGGUUAUGGCGGAUCUGGAGAGGCUUGUGCAGAGGCAUAUCGGGCAGGACUUGGGACCUACGCAUGACCCAUUUGGAAAGGACUCCGCUGCUGGUGAUGGUUGA